UCUAUCAUUAUUAGUCGUUCAUAUUUCAUAUCACUGUAUCACAUCAGAUCACUAUGUUGGCUUUUCAUGAAUUCAUUCCAUUUUUUCUCCCCAAUUUCUUCCUGAUUUUUUAACUUUUUUUUUCAAGAUUUCAUCAUGAAUUCACCCAAUUCAUUCACAAAUGUGUGACCAGUUUUUGAUACUAUUCAUUUUUUAAAGAAUGCAUCAUUUUUUCACACAUUCAUUGAGUCCUAUUUCACUUUCUUUUCACAAAUUUACGUCUUUUUUUCAUACAAAUUAAUUGAACUUUACCUUUUUUCAGUCUUUUUCUACAUUUUUUACUUUUUUUCCACGAUUUUUUUCACUUUUUCACAAAUUCUUCACCUUUUCCUACGGAUCCAUGUAUUUUCCCCUCACAUUUAUUUUUUUUUUCACCUGUUUAUUUCUUUUUUCACAACCUUUUUCAUGAAUUUAUUAUGUUUUUCAUUUUUCACCUUUUUCACAUUUUUUCACUUCUUUCCAAAUAUAUUGCUUCUUUUACACUAAUUCAUGCUCUGUUCUCCCUGUUUAGAAGACGUGAAUGAGAUCUUGCUGCUCACCAAUUUUUUCUCUUUGUACACAAUAUUUUCAUUAGGUUUUUCAUUAUUUUUUUCCAAACAUUCCAAACAUUUUUCACAAUUCCAUUUGUUUUUUCAUGGAUUCAUCACUUUUUUACAUGAAUUUGUUGCAUUCUCUUCAGAAAUUUUGCAAGAAGUCAUUAUUUUUUCAUGUUAUUCUUUUAUUUUACAAAUUCAUGGCGCUCUACCUAAGGAAUUGUCACGGAUAUGUCUUGCUUUUAGUUGGUUUUGGCUUUUUUUUACUGAAUCCCGUUUUUUUCUUCCACAAUUUCUUCAUGAGUUUUUUCCUUUUUUCUUUUUUCCCCACAAUUUUAUCAUGAAUGAACCUUUUUUUUUUUUUUUUUUUUUUUUUUUUCCAAAUUUUAUCAUCAGUUUUUUUCAUGCUUCUUUUUUUCCCAUCUGAUUAGUCCCUUUCUUCAUGGAUUCACCGCUUUACAUAUUCUUCUCACAAAUUUAUCCAUUUUUUCCACAAUUUCAUAGUUUUCUGCUACGCACGUUUGUCCCCACUUUGCAGAGGACCUGGCUGAGAGUUCACUGCUUAACAAGCUGCUCCACACCUCGCUGGUAGAGAACAGCCACCACGUGGAGGUGCUGCAGCAGGACCCCUCCUCUCCGCUCUUCUCCAUCAGAACCUUCGAGGAGCUGCACCUGUGAGUCCCCCAGCACCUGGCCUCGCAUACCCCACUUCCUAUAGAACGCCCUGGUUGUGCUUUUUCGCAGGAAAAAGGAGCUUCUGCAGGGCGUGUACACCAUGGGCUUCAACAGGCCAUCGAAGAUCCAGGCUAAUGCUCUGCCCAUCCUGAUGGCGCAUCCACCCCAAAAUCUGAUUGCGCAGAGCCAGUCUGGGACGGGCAAAACAGCAGCGUUUGUCCUGGCCAUGCUGAGCAGAGUGAGAGGCACUGAGAGGUACCCGCAGUGCCUUUGUCUGGCUCCCACUUAUGAGCUGGCCCUGCAGAUUGGCCAUGUGGCAGAGAAGAUGGGGCGGUUCUGCAAUGACAUCAGGGUCACCUAUGCUGUGCAGGGCAACAGAGUGUCCCCAGGCACCGUGCUGGAGGAGCAGAUUGUCAUUGGCACGCCAGGCACCAUGCUGGACUGGUGCUUCAAGCGGAGACUGCUCAACAUGCGGAGGAUCUGCAUGUUUGUGCUGGAUGAGGCUGACAUCAUGAUUGACACGCAGGGAUUCUCCUCCCAGAGCAUCCGCAUCCAGAGGGCUCUCCCCAAGAACUGCCAGAUGCUGCUUUUCUCCGCCACCUUCAAGGAAAAUCUCUGGAAAUUUGCCCUGCAAAUUGUCUCCAGGCCCAUCAUCAUCAAGCUGCGACAGGAGGAGCUCACUCUGACCAACAUUAGGCAGUACUAUUUUGUCUGCAAGAACUGGGAGCAGAAGUAUGAGGCCCUCUGCAACCUCUAUGGCAGCAUCACCAUUGGCCAGGCCAUGAUCUUCUGCCAGACCCGCCGGAGUGCAGACUGGCUCUCGGUGAAGAUGAUUCAGGAUGGGCACCAAGUGGCCAUGCUGACAGCAGAGCUGUCCAUCGUGCAGAGAGCUGAUGUCAUCCAGAGGUUUCGUGAUGGCAAGGAGAAGGUUCUCAUCACCACCAAUGUCUGUGCGAGAGGGAUUGAUGUGGCCCAAGUCACGAUUGUGGUGAACUUCAGCCUUCCCAAAGACAGCACGACCUGCCAACGAAAGCCAGCUUCCAGCGUCAGCGGGAUGAUCAGCAAGCAACAGCUUUUGGAAAGCCACCCUUACAGCAUCCUGCACGCUGUUCCCCCAUAG